GAUAUCAAAAUGGAGCUCCCUAAAAGACAAUGGAAACUUGGCAGUUUUAAGGAGUUCACAAAUGAGGCGGGACUCAGAGCGCUGUUUGCUGAAUUUCUUGGAAUCUUCAUGCUCGUACUUUUCGCUACAGGUGGAAUAAACCCCAGGAUCAUAGCAAGAUUAAAUGACAGCGGAACCACGGAUCUCUUCAACUUUUCCACAUCCUUCGGAGUUGGGAUGACUGUAUGUUUGAUGAUCUACCUAUGUGCGGAUGUGUCAGGAGGUCAUGUGAACCCCUCCAUCUCACUGAUGUUCUUCCUGGAUACUCAGAUCUCCUUCAUCAAAAUGAUUUGUUACAUUUUCGUGCAGUUCUGUGGUGGUUUCGCUGCUGCAGGUUUGCUGUGGGGAAUUGGUGAUUUUGAGGAUCUUCCAGAUUUCGCACCUCCAACAUUCGAAGAUUUUAAUGUGAUCAGAGUAAUAAUAUUCAUGGUGGCUGGUAGCUGGAUGAUGAUACUGGUCACUCUGGCAGCAAUUGACGCUAGAAGAGGUCAUGCCGAUUGUUUCCUGCAACCCUUCGCUAUCGGAAUGAGUAUUCAUAUUGCUCUUCUCUUCAUGGGACCCUAUGUCGUGACUGGUCUUAAUCCAAUAGUGAUUUGCUGGUAUAUAGUCUGCGGAGCCUGGACUCACCAUCUAUGGGCCUUCGGACUGCUUCCGUUUUUGGGGACGGCAACUGCGGUCGCUGUUUACAACGGAAUCCUGCGUCCUUACAAGGCGUGAGAUACUUCUGACUCUUUAAUCGAGUGGUUCUAAAUUGUUUCAUGUUUUUAAUCUAAUGCGGAUGUCAGGUCAUUUAAAACGAGGAGACGAGGAAUUUUUGAAUUCAUAUUUCAAAGUUCAAACAGCUUUAAAAAUGAAGAAACACUCACAAACAAUGGGCAAUCGAUCCAAUUCAAAACCAAGCACGUUUUACUGGAACGUAUCUCAUGUUCCCCUUGACUGCAUGUAUUCUUUGCUCCAAUUUUUAAUGUGAACUCUGGGCCCAAGUAUGA